AUGGCUAGUGCUACAUUCAACGUUGAGAUUGUUGCAAGUGAAAUCAUCAAACCAUCCUCUCCUACGCCUGCCAACCUUAAAACUUUCAAGUUUUCUCUUCUUGAUCAAGUCAGUCCUUUAAUUUACAUCCCUCUGGUUUUCUUCUACCCUGCAAAAAGUGACGCUAAUCAACAUCAUGAUACUACUAAAAUAUGUCGUAUUCUUAAAGAAUCUUUAUCCAAAACCCUAACCAUGUAUUACCCUUUCGCCGGAAGAGUCAAAGACCAUAUUUCCAUUGAAUGUAACGACGAGGGUGUUACAUUUACCGAAACGAGAAUUAAUUGCCUUUUGUCCGAUGUUCUACGAAACCCUAAUCUCGAUGAAGUUGGAAAACUCCUACCUAUUGAAUCACUAGCAGCGGCAAAAACAGGUAAUUUGCUUUUGAUUCAAGUUAACUUCUUUGAAUGCAGUGGCAUGGCAAUUGGAGCUUGUCUUGUGCACAAGAUCGCCGAUGCAACAACUUUUUCCAUAUUCAUCAAGACGUGGGCUUCCAUAGCACUUGAAUCCGACGAGGUAGCUCAUCCAGAACUAUUCGCUGGAGCGACUCUCUUUCCUCCUGUCGACUAUGAGCUGCCUUCAAAUGCUAAUGCACUUAUCCAAGAUGAAUCAUGCGUAUGUAAAAGAUUCUUUUUCACCGCCUCAAAUAUUGAUGCACUCAAGGCUAAAAUUGCUAGUUCAAGCGUCCAACAACCUACGCGUGUAGAAGCUGUAACCGCGCUAAUUUGGAAGUCUGCAAUUACAGCAUCAAGAUCAAUGGGAGGGACAUUCUCAAUACCUUCUUUGUGUGUUCAUGGUGUAAACUUGAGGAAGAGAUUAUCGACGCCCUUGUUAGAAUACUCGGUUGGGAAUAUUCUAUCAGUAAUCACAGCCAAAUUUUCAGAAACAGAAAUAGAAUUGCAGAGUUUAAUUCUCAAGCUAAGAAAGGAAUUGAAAGAAUUGAAAGUGAGUCCAGAGAAAAUAUUUUGCGACUUCAACGAAAUGAUGGAAGCAAGAAGCUCAAGAGGAGAGAGUAGUACUCAUAUUGUCGAUGCGUAUAUUUUUAGUAGUUGGUGUCGAAUGCCGAUAUACAAAACUGAUUUCGGGUGGGGGAAGCCAACAUGGGUGUCUCUAUUCAAUACGAAGAUCUCAAAUUCAAUUGUUUUGAUGGAUGCAAGGGAGGGUGGUGGAAUUGAGGCUUGGGUGACCUUGUGUGAAGAAAAGAUGGCCAUAUUUGAAAAUAAUGAAGAGUUGCUUUCAUUUGCUUCUGUGAAUCCAAAUGUCUUUGAAAUGACAUGA